GCUUUCGAGGAGUUGGAGGACUUGCUGGCCAAGAAGGAUAUUUGCAUCGCAAUAAAGGAGAAGUUGGUCAAAGACUCGGGGGUGGCCGGCGAACGUGCCUACGACUCCAUCGUGCAAAAGCUGCUCACAAAACCGCGCGCCAGAGGUGCAAUAAUUUUCGGGUCGGACCAAGAAGUGGCCGGCGUGAUGAGGGCCGUGCGAAGGGCGAACGCGACCGAAAUCUUCUCUUGGAUCGGCUCGGACGGGUGGAGCGCCCGCAACUUGGUCUCCGACGGCAACGAGAUGGAGGUCGAGGGCACCCUGUCGGUGCAACCGCAGGCCAACCCGGUUCGCGGCUUCGAGGAAUAUUUCCUCAGCCUCACCGUCGAGAACAACAAGAGGAACCCGUGGUUCGCAGAAUUCUGGGAGGCGCACUUCCAGUGCCGCUACCCCAACUCGUCACGGACCCCGUACAACCAGCACUUCACCAAAAUGUGCUCGGGCCAGGAGAAGCUGACGAAAGAAAACAUGGCCUUCGAGGGACAGCUGCAGUUCGUCAGCGACGCUGUCAUGGCGUUCGCGCACGCCCUCAGAGACAUGCAUCGAGACGUCUGUCACAGCAAGCCGGGUCUGUGCGACGCGAUGAAGCCCACCAAAGGCACCGACUUGCUGCGAUACUUGCGCAAAGUGGAGUUUGAAGGUCUGAGUGGCGACAACUUCCGGUUUGACCCGCAAGGCGACGGUCCAGCGCGCUACAACAUAAUCCACUUCAAGCAAGUGAGCCCCGGCGUGUUCCGGUGGUUGAAGGUCGGCGAGUACUGGGAGGGCGAGUUGCGUCUCAACAUGUCAGAGAUUCAGUUCAAACUGGGCCAGCCACAGUCGCCGGUGUCUGUUUGCUCGCUCGAGUGCGAACUAGGCCAGGCGAAAAAGUACUUGGAGGGCGAGAGCUGCUGCUGGCACUGCUUUAACUGCACUCAAUACCAGAUUCGGCACCCGCACGACGAGACGCAGUGCCAGUUGUGUCCGCAGGGCACGGUGCCGGACGAGCGGCACACCAAGUGCGAGCCCAUCCCUGAGGAGUAUUUGCGCGCGGACAGCGGCUGGGCGAUCGGCGCCAUGGCCUUUUCGGCGACGGGCAUCGUGGUGACGGCGCUGGUGGCCGGCGUCUUCCUCCGACACCACGACACGCCCGUGGUGCGCGCCUCGGGCCGCGAGCUCAGCUACAUCCUCCUGCUCGGCAUCUUCCUCUGCUACGCCAUGACCUUCAUCCUGGUGCUCAAACCCAGCGACAUCGUCUGCGGCGCUCAGAGAUUUGGAGCUGGUUUCUCCUUCACGGUGGUGUACGCGGCACUGCUGACCAAGACAAAUAGGAUAUCGAGGAUUUUCAACGCCGGCAAACGGACGGCGAAGCGGCCUAGUUUAAUUUCGCCCAGAUCGCAGCUCAUCAUUUGCUCGGGGCUCACAGGGUUUCAGGUACUAAUUAAUGCUGUUUGGAUGGUGGUUUCGCCUCCGUCGGCAAUUCAUCACUACCCCACCAGAGACGACAAUCUCUUGGUUUGCUCAUCAAGCAUCAACGCUUCCUACAUGAUUUCGUUCAGCUACCCAAUAGUGCUGAUUGUGAUUUGCACGGUGUACGCCGUGCUGACGCGCAAGAUCCCCGAGGCGUUCAACGAGUCCAAGUACAUCGGCUUCACGAUGUACACGACGUGCGUCAUCUGGCUGGCGUUCGUGCCGAUUUACUUCAGCACGGCCAACAACAUCGCCAUCCGCAUCACCAGCAUGAGCGUGACCAUCUCGAUGAGCGCCACGGUGACCGUGGCGUGUCUGUUCACGCCCAAGCUGUACAUCAUCCUGGUGCGGCCGGAGCGAAACGUGCGCCAGAGCAUGAUGCCCGUGCGCUACUCGGCCGUCCGCGGCGUCCGCCAGCAGAGCGUCAGCGGCCCCGCCGGCGUCACCAGCUCGGUCGUCGGCGCCGGAAACCUCCUCGGCGUCCUCCCGCCCAACCAUGGCAUGGACUCUGGAUCGCACAGCGAGGUGGGCCAAAACAAUCACGCGUGCAAGCAGGUGACGACGCGCGGCACGCAGACGCUCAACUGCGUCAACAACGUGAACAACGGGGUGCCGGAGAAGGUUGCGCCGGCGGAGAAGCACGUGACGAUCAACAACUCGACGGCGCACACGGUGCUGGGCAACGGACCAGUAAGUAAUAAUUCUCAGCCUAACUCUGCAGCGGCUGCGGACGAUCAAUGCAAAACUGAUUUGACUUUGUAGCAGUACGCGCAGGCCGUUGACAGGCCCCUUCAAGAGACUGACCUUUAGCUAAUGAACCUGUUGAACGUCACUGUUGUCAGUGACGUCAAAAAAUACGUGUAGAGAGGACACUUGUUCCGUUCAGUGUGACAAACUCUAAACAUAUGCGUGAAAAUAACCAACAAGUGCGUCAUAUUUACCAGACAAAAAGAAAGAGAGAAAUUCCUAAAAUACUCAAACUUGGGAAAAGCGGCGUCGAAGACUUUGACGGUGGACAAAAUAAUGUUCUACCGUUUUGCUUUGUUCACCCCCCAAAUGUUAUUAAAUAUAUCUGAAAAAGUUUUAACAACUCGGCAUCAACUGCCAAAACUGUUUUUUAAGAGAAAUAAUUAAUUUCACCACCCGCGAGAAAAGAGUUUACUAUUUGUACGAGGGCUGACGCAGAGUUAGGCUAACCCUGAAAUGUGCUGUGAUAUAUUUUAAUCGGGCAGACUCUUCGGCUCGGACAAACGUGUAAAAAUCUGCUAGUUUUGUAAAGAGGAAGAAAGAGUAUAAAUUGUUUUCACGCCGUAACAUUUCCCUCUUUGACGAGUCAGCGCGUGUUUUUAAACAGAAAGAGACAAACUUUGGUUUUAGCUUUAACACAUUUUCUUGCUUCAACUUUGAAUAUGUGUGUCUGUGCGGCAACUUUUUGCUGCUUCGAAAACGUGUCAAAAAAAACAGGGAAUAAAACGUAAAAAAUUAUUUAUCGAUGCAAAAUUGUAAAUAAAACUAGUGGUAAGUGUUGACUUAUCGUGCUGUCUAGUCAACCGGUCUAGAUUUUAGAGCCAACUGCGUUGACGAACAAGUUUUUAUCAAACGUUUAAAAGAAAUUUAAAACUAUCUCCAGCAUUUGUGUAUAUUUGUGGGGCAUAAGUGUUGUUGUUGCCGUUAAUCUCUAAUGCGAAUUUCUAUCCGACUGCACGUACAAAUGUGUCAAGAGUAUGUAUAAUAUUUGUUAUGUACAAAAAAAAAGGUAUGUGAAAAUAUUUUGGAAAAUAAGAGACUCAAAACGAGAUAUGUAGUGUUCUUUCCGCAGACAUAGAGGUCAGCAUAUCCUGAGCCCUAGCUGGUUUCUAUCAAAGUUGUAAGGACUCUACGUCACUCAGUUGAUGAUCAAUACAAAUAAUACUCUCUCUUUGUGAGUGUUUUGCUCAUGCCCGUUUUUGGAUGAGUGAGAUACGAUGAAAAAAAAAAUAAUAUUAUAUUGCACGUAAAUCGAGAGCCAAAAACGACAGAAGAGUGGGUGGAAAAUACCUUGCUAUUUGACACCAAGAAACCGACGAUUUUCCUAUAUUUUCAAACAAGCAUAAAAAGAGAUUUAAACGUUCCAAGAAUUAUUUGAAAAAAAAAAAUGACAUUGUAUGCCAUGAAAAACAAGGACGUUUCUUAACUUUUAAUCUUGUUCUAUGCCCCUCGAACUUUGGCCAAUUAAUUUUUAAUGUGGAGUUCUAAUCGGUGGGCCCCUCCAAACCCCAGAAUUACGCAGAAAUUAUUAUAAAACUCCCCGACAAACCUCCUCCUGUGUGCGGGGACCAUACUCAAAAGUAUGUAGACAAAACUUCGCUAUGUACUGCUGUACUACAACUAACUAUAUAGAUGUGCAGAAAACCAAGACAUAUUAUUGAUGUAUGCUCAAGGAAACGACACGAUCGAUGGCGUUGUUGCGAACUCGGCGAGAUCAAACGAAUCGAAAUCAUUGCGGAAUGAUUGUUGUUAUGAAUUGAUUGAUUCAUUACUGUGUUAAAUUAAUUCUAUGGACGGACGAAAUUUGCCAGCGGCAGAAAAUCGCUUGUUUUCACCUGGAUUGUUUUCCGCAAUUUAAGUGUGUCGCGACAUUGGCAAAAUAAAGACGCGAUUAAUU